AUACGUUCUUAUACAUCUAUGUGUAUUUCUUCGGAAAGAAUUAUUACACAUCAAGCAUUAGUUAUGGUUUUCCACGUGACCUAGCAUCCUAUUCGUGUCCAAGUUGAAAGGAGCAUAUUUAUCAUUGAGAUGCCCAUGGGCUCACCAGCAAGCAUUGAAUUCCAAUGUAUUCUGAAUGAAACAACUCACACAGCUCAUCCUCCUUGUCUUGGUGUCAUGGUGACAUAUAUACAUUGUGCUACACAACUAAGUAAUAUAAGCUGGUAGUUUAAGCUGGCCAUACAUGCAUCCAUCAUCCAUGGCUGGGAUAUCGCAGCUCCUCCUGCGCGAGUCCACCAUCACCAUCACCAUCACCACCACCACUAAUAUUCCCGGUGCCGGCGUCGAAUUGCCCAGACAAGUGCGGCAACGUAUCCAUCCCCUACCCGUUCGGCAUCGGCAGAGGCUGCUACCUCGACCUGCCGGGCUCCGGCAGCUUCAGCAUCACCUGCAACCACAAGACGGACCCUCCCCAACCCUACACCGCCGAUGCCCUCUUGGUCCUGAACAUAACGCUGGAGACAGCGGAAAUGUUCGUCGUCUCGGCUGGCGCCCUCGCCGUGGUCAAGUACCCAUCAGUAAGAGCAAGAAGUGCCAUCACGAGCAAAUUUAUCACUACUACUCAACAAGAAGAAGAACAUUCUAUGCAAGUAAAAGUAACUGUAGGAAUGCCUGUCACCCAACAAGUAAACAUGACAUUCUUACCAAGCGGAUACACCUUGAGCGCACCGUACCGGCUUUCCCCGACGGGCAACAUGUUCACGGCCGUGGGGUGCGUCACCAUGGCGAAGUUGUACGGCAGCGUAGAGAACAGCAGCAGCAGCAGCAGCACGGGGGCGACGACGACGACAGCAGCAGCAGCAGGAGGGCAAAUGAUAGGGGAGAGGGCGUAUGCGUACGACGCGGGCUGCAUCACCUACUGCCCGAGCCUGAGCGACGCCGCGGCGGAUGGGGCGCCGUGCAAGGACCUCGGCUGCUGCGAGUCGCCCAUCACGCCAGGCCUCACCCAGUUCGCCGUAGGAUGGGGGCGAUGGCCAGGUGCAUCCGACGACGACUACGGCGAGUUGGACCCCGAACAGUACUACCAGUAUGCCUUUGUGGCCCAGGACUGGUAUACGUUCAAACAAGAUCAUCUUACUCACUGGGACAUAGACAACAUCAGUGUUCCUUUCGUUCUUCACUGGGAUAUCAAGGAUGGACCUGCAUGCCGACCAGAGACAAAUUAUGAUAGUCCCUUCGGCGCAUGUCAUAGCAACCACAGCAAAUGCGCCAAUGUCACCAGUGGUUUGGAUGGCUAUUUUUGCAACUGCUCCGAGGGAUACAUUGGCAAUCCGUACAUACCAGAUGGAUGCAAAGAUGUUAAUGAGUGUGAAAACAAUUCUAUUUGUGGUGCUGGGUCCACAUGCAAGAAUACAGAAGGUAGCUAUCGUUGUGACUGCAAUUUCGGCCAAAGACGUGACAAUAGUUCUGAUAACAUGGGUAAUUGUGAACCCAUAUUUUCCAGAGCUGCCAUAGCAGUCAUAGGUGAGGUUCAAUACAUGAAUGCAAUGUUGAUUGAAAUUUGCAGCAUGCCAUACAUUCCACAUAUAAUAUAUAAUGCUCUAAUUACAUGCAGUUCUGCAUUCCAUGUAUACACCAUAUUUGCAUUGCACUACAUUCAACUUGAAGCUCAACAUUGAAGUGUGAAAACAUAAUUAUUUCCAGAUAGACCAUGGCUGUGCCUAAAUGUUAUCUUUUCGCAUGAGCAUAGACCAUGUGGUUGUGCCUAAAUUAUCUUUUCACGUGAGCAAUAUAUAUGGACUACGCAAUUGCAUGAAUAUGUAUAAGUUACCUUUGCAGUAUUGCAUGUUCUAUAUAUUAACUAUUUUGUUUCCUA